AUGACAUCCCCGUUCGCCCUACCAGCAGCCCUUAACCCACCCAUGAUCGGCCGCGAAGCCGUGGUCGAUGCGCUAUACCGGUGCGUUAUGGCCUUUGACACGAAUGACACGGCCCUAUUUAACUCGAGCUUUAUGCCAGACGGCGUGUUUGAGGUCAACAGGCGUGCCAUGGAAGGACUGCCAAAGAUCCACGCCACAGGGCUCGCCCUCAUUUUCUCGGUCGACACGACGCACCUGAUGUCCAACGUGCGUGUUCACAUGAGAACAGGAACUAGGAAAGACGGGGUUGCGCAGGAGAACGAGGCUAGCCUGACGGCUACCGGGCUUUCACAGCACUUCGCUGGGGGUAAGGGCAUGGAGCCGGGUCAGAAUAACUUGUUGGGAGGUAGCUUGUACCGCGGAGAGCUGACCAGGGACAUGGACGGGCUGUGGAAGUUCAGGCACCUACAGAUAAAGUCUACCUGGGUGCAAGGUGAUUAUAGCGUAGUUGGGGGUCCUCUCAACGAGACGGAGCAGUGA